UCCACCUCUCUCCAUUAAUACUCCCUUUCUUUUCUUCAUAUAUACAAACCCCAAAAAGACAUCAAAACUCAAAAAAUAUGUAAAACAAAGAGACAAUUUCAUCAGACUUCUGAAGAUAUUAAACAUCACAAUUUUUAUUGUAUUUUUCUCUCUCUUUUAUUUUGAAUUUAAGAGCUUUCACUGUCUUUCACUCUGAUGAAGAUUCUAAUAUAAGCCCCAUCAUGUGCUUCUUUCAAUGUUCUCUUUGUUUUCUCUUCAAAUUGAACUAAUUGGGCUUUUUGUUACAUUGAGUAGUGAACAAGUAUUUUCAGUCUGAAAUAUAAUAAUUUUGUGAACCAAGUUAUAAUUAUAAGGGUAUGGGCCAUGUACUAGAUCUCUAGUCUAUCUUUUUCACUUUACAUUUAAUUUCAUUUCUAUUUUUGUUUAUCAUUGAACAGGUGAUUCUUGUUUUGGGUUUUGUCUUUUUUAUUCCUACAAUUUGUUUUCUUUUUAAUCUAAAAAAAAAAAGAGAGUAGUAGGUAUGGAGUCUAUAUCUAUAUAAGAAGUGUGUUAGGGUUGUUUAUAGACUACCAAAAAAAAAAAAAAAAAGCUUAAAGAGAGUUACCUUUUUUUUUUCCUUCUUAUUUGUUCUUCAUCCUCAUCAAAUAUGGCUUCAUCAAAUAGACACUGGCCUAGUAUGUUUAAAUCCAAACCUUGCAAUUCUCACCAUCACCAAUGGCAACAUGACAUCAACUCUUCUAUCAUUCAACAAAGACCUCCAUGCAAUCCAGAAGAGCGAAGUCCAGAGCCAAAGCCUAGAUGGAAUCCAAGACCUGAGCAAAUUCGUAUACUUGAAGCAAUCUUUAAUUCAGGCAUGGUGAAUCCACCAAGGGAUGAGAUAAGGAAAAUCCGAGCUAAACUUCAAGAAUAUGGACAAGUAGGUGAUGCUAAUGUGUUUUACUGGUUUCAAAACAGGAAAUCAAGAAGUAAACACAAACAACGUCAUUUACAAGCUAAAGCUCAACAACAACAACAACAUAAUAAUAACAAUAAUUCGUCUCAUCAACCUAUUAUUACUUCAUCUUCAUCAUCUUCUGAUAAAUCUUCACCAAAUUCGUUGACUUUCUCAAUUGGUACCUCCAAUGUUAUGGACUUGCUCAAUUCUCCUACUUCUUCAGUGAACCAACAAAACUAUAACGAGUUCCUGUCUAACGAGCAGCCUUUCUUUUUCACUGUACAACCACCAGCAGUAGUACCAACUCAUGAUCACUCCGCUAUGUCACAAGGGUUUUGCUUCCAGGAUUCAUCUACUUUUUCUCCUCAUUCUUCUUCUUCUGGACUUCUUCUUAAUGAAUGGAUGGGGAUAAGUACUACUAAUUCAAAGAAAGAUGAAAAUGACAAAAUCAAUUUGCAGUCACAGCUCAUGACUUAUACACUUACUUCAACUGUUUCUCCUCUUGCUACUACCACUAUUCCCACCAUUAGUCACAUUCAAGGGGUUACUGUGGAUCCUAAUGAUGGGGGUCCCACAAGAUCGACAGUGUUUAUCAACGACGUUGCUUUUGAGGUUGGGAUAGGACCGUUUAACGUGAGGGAAGUGUUCGGUGAAGAUGCGGUGCUUAUACAUUCAUCUGGUGAACCACUUAUUACUAAUGAAUGGGGUAUCACAAUUCAGCCACUACAGCAUGGUGCAUUUUACUACUUGCUUCGCACGUCAAGUAUUGCAUCGACUCAUCAUAUAUAACGGAGACAUAAUUGAUUUGAUUUGUUGAUGUUGAAGAAGAAAAAGAUGUUUGGUGUUGUGUUUUGUUUCAUUGUCUCUUGAAGAAAAGAAGGAAGGGGGGGGGGGGGUUUAAUUAGUUUAAUUUGUAGUGUUAAUUAGUAUGUUACUUUAAGGGACAUUUUAGUUAUUACAGAAAUCUAAUUAAGUCCUUAGUCAAUGUGUACUAUGUUUCAUUUUUUAUGAUGAAAUGAAACUAACAUAUUAUUAUAUUAUAAUA